AUGGACUCGGAUUGUCCUGUUCGACCCAUAGCCACGGAGCCCGGAAUUGUGGGGCGACGGUUCCCGGGCAACCUGAAAAUCCUGUCCGACAUUCCAGUACUAGACUGCAACAAUACACAAUAUGGAAUGUCGGUCGUGGAUCGUCACUCACAUAUUGGGUUGCAG